UGGAUAAAAGGAAGGACACAGGGUCGUCAUUAGGAAACAUAGCUGAGAAGCAACACGCUCACUGGUGAUCAUGGGCCACCACUUUGGAGACUUGGCCAGGAUCAGGCAUGUAAUCACAUACAGCCUGUCUCCAUUUGAACAGAAGGCUUUCCCCAACUACUUCUCCAAGGGAAUCCCAAAUGUGUGGAGACGGACCACAACAUCUUUCUUCAAAGUUGCACCCCCAAUGAUCCUCAUGUACCUGACCUACACCUGGGGCAACAGUGUCCAUGCCCAGGGCAAGAGGAAGGUUGCCUCCGACUAUGAGAACGACGAAUAAACACCUGCCACCUCCUGAAAGCUGCCAUCUGUUGUUCAGUCAAACUCUAUGUAACCAAUAAAAAUCAGAAAUAUUUAUGUGAAA